UUCCUCAGGUUUCUCAGUCACUCCUGCUGCCUGCCGUGCCUGACCUUUCCUCCCUCUCCCUGUCUCCACGCCUCCCCGCCUGCCUCCCUCUCUGUCCCCCGUGGUCGGCUGAGCCCGGCAGCAUGUGGCGUGGGGCAGGCGUGUGUGUCUUCAGUGUCCUGCUCUGCCUGUCCAUCGGCUGGGCACAGGGUCAGGCCCACGGCGCAGACACCAGCAACUUCACCAGGCCAGUGUUUCUCUGUGGUGGUCGUCUUGUUACAGAUUCUGGUUAUUUUGCUAGCGAAAGCUUCCCCAACUACUACAAACCCAGCCGGAAAUGUACCUGGUAUAUCACAGUCCCAGAAGGCCAUGUGGUCAUGCUGUCCUUCCGCGUCUUCGACCUGGAGGCCGACCCACGCUGCCGUUAUGACUUCGUAGACGUCUACAACGGGCACACCCGCACAGCACAGAUGCUGGGCCGGUUCUGUGGAACCUUCCGUCCUGGCAGCCUGAUUUCCACCAGCAACACCAUGAUGGUGGAGAUGGAGUCAGAUUCGGAGACGGGGGGCCGCGGCUUCCUAGCAUACUUUCGUGGGGGCAAACCGCAUGUGGAUGAGCACCAGUUCUGCGGAGGUCGGCUGACGAAGCCGCAGGGGACAGUCAAGACGCCCAAUUGGCCGGAGGUGGAUUACCCAGCAGGCAUCAGCUGCUCCUGGCACAUCUCCGUGGAACCCAACAUGCUGAUUGAAGUAAAGUUUGACAAGUUCGACCUAGAGGCUGACAGCUACUGUCGCUAUGACUACGUGGCGUUCUUCAACGGCGGCGAAACGGACGACUCCCAGCGGAUUGGCAAGUUCUGCGGCACCGAGGUGCCCAAGACCAUAGUGACCAGUGGGAAUAACCUCCUGGUCCAGUUUGUGUCUGACCUUAGUGUGACCUCUGAUGGCUUCAUGGCCAGCUACUCCAGUGUACCCCGUGGGUCCAGAACACCUACUGCAGGAAACGAUAUCAUCCCAGGACCCAGAGUACCAUCAGUACCCCCUCGUGCUAAGCCCAGCAAGCCCGUCCUUCUAUCCCCAAAACCCAAACCCAAACCUAACCCUAAAUCAGCCAUAAAACCAACAGCCGCACCAGGUCAUCCCAAGGUGACACCAAAACCAAGACCAAAACCUAAACCUUUUCCUAAACCUAAACUCAAACCCCAGAUCAAGCCAGGCACCAAACCCACUCCUAAAACUCAAACUAAGCCCAUCCUCAGACCUGGAACCAAGCCUACUCCAAAACCUGGAACCAAACUCAUUCCCAAACCUGGAACUAAACUCAUUCAGAAGCCUAGCACCAAACCUGCACCCAAGCCUGGGAUUAAACCAGUUCCUAAACCAGGAAUAAAACCCAUUCCCAAGACAGGAACUAAACCCAUUCCCAAGGCUGAAACUAAACCUAUUCCCAAGCCUGACACUAAACCCAUUCUGAAACCUGCAGCAAAAUCCAAGUCCAAGGUAGAUACUGAAAUGAACAAACUGAGCCAAAACAGAACCAAAACAUUAGUGAAGAAACCUGGAGGAAACCAGAAGCCUGUGAAAACAAGCUCACCGUGCCCCCAGCUGUGUAAAACGAAUACUACUCCCGAGGCUGGGUUCUGCACUAGUCAGUUUGUGAUCACAGGAAAGGUAGCGGCUGUGGCUGCAAGGGCCGAGGGUGGCCUGUCAGUCACCGUGUCUGUCAUCCGGGCCUACAAGCCUGGGAGGCUGGCCAUUGGCCAGGGCGUCCAAACCGCGUCCGUCAAAGUGACCUCCGUCUGCCAGAAGUGCCCCAGUCUGCACAAAGGGUCAAACUACAUCAUGAUGGGCCAGGUGGACGAGGAGGGACGUGGUGUUUUGGUCCCCAGCAGUUUUGUUCUCCCUUACAAGGCAGACCACCAGAAACUCCUGACCAAUCUCGUGAGCCGGACGUGCUGACCAGAUGGCCUGGGUGACCAAUCACAGGGCAUGAAUCCAGUCAACCAGGUGAUCGCAGUACUGCAAGCCCGGGCAAUUAAGGCUGCAAUAACCAAAUAGGAAAUGAAACUGACAUUAAGGAAACAGACAGUUUAUAAACUCCAACAUAUUCAAGGAGGUAUAAGCAGGCCAAAAAGUAUUCUAUAAAAGGGAGGCCGAACUGCCACACAGACAGCAUUGUUCAGUGAGCUUUUACAAGGCCUUUGCACAAGCGGCCUUUACGGUUAAAUUUUUCACCAUAUAUCUUCAUAGAUAUCGUGCUUUUUAUAACUUAUAAUUGUCUUAUGUAUUCCUUUGUUGAUUUAUAAAAUAUAGCUUUCAGGCCAUGGU